UCAGACUACUUUGAUUCUGCAGACAGUUAUUCCUGUGCUGUGAAAGGACUGGAGGGUUUCCCCUCUCCUUCAGUGUAUGCUCCAAAGCUUCCCUCUGUGUCAGUGAGUCCCUCUGCUGAGAUAGUGGAGGGCAGUUCAGUGACUCUGACCUGCAGCAGUGAUGCUAACCCAGCAGCUAAAUACACCUGGUACAAGGAGAACCAAACUCUGCUCAGUGAAGAACCACAGCUUGUCCUCAGCUCCAUCCAGUCCUCUGACUCUGGAGAGUAUUACUGUGCAGCUGAGAACCAGCUGGGGAGGAAGACAACUAAAUACAUCAUUAAUGUGAAAUAUGCUCCAAAGACUUCCUCUGUGUCAGCAAGUCCAUCUGGAAAAAUCAUGGAGGGCAGUUCAGUGACUCUGACCUGUAGAAGUGAUGCUAACCCAGCAGCUAUAAAUACCUGGUACAAGAAGAACCAAUCACCACUUCAAGGUCUACAAGACAUUUAUCAUUUCAACUCCAUCAGCUCUGAGGACAGUGGGAUCUACUACUGCAAGUCCGAGAAUCAAUAUGGACAGAUCAAUUCUACAUAUCUUUCUAUAGAUGUCCACUAUGCUCCAAAGCUUCCCUCUGUGUCAGUGAGUCCCUCUGCUGAGAUAGUGGAGGGCAGUUCAGUGACUCUGACCUGCAGCAGUGAUGCUAACCCAGCAGCUAAUUAUACCUGGUACAAGGAGAACCAAAGACUGCUCAGUGAAGAACCACAGUUUGUCUUCAGCCCCAUCCAGUCCUCUGACUCUGGAGAGUAUUACUGUGCAGCUGAGAAUGAGCUGGGGAGGAUGACAUCUGAAUACAUCAUUAAUGUCAAAUAUGCUCCAAAGCUUCUCUCUGUGUCAGUGAGUCCCUCUGCUGAGAUAGUGGAGGGCAGUUCAGUGACUCUGACCUGCAGCAGUGAUGCUAACCCAGCAGCUAAUUACACCUGGUACAAGGAGAAUGAAGACUCACCAAAAGCAUCAGGACAGAACUUCACCAUCACUGACAUCAGAGCUGAACACAGUGGGAAUUAUUACUGUGAAGCCCAGAACAGAAGAGGACGUCAUAACUCCACCUUACAUCUGACUGUUGUGUCAGGUAAAUGAUGUUAA